AUGACGUCGUCCACAUUCGCUACAGACGCCAAAACUACAGAGAAGACACCCGUAUACACUUCAGACCGAACCUCAGGAAGCAACGGCCCGCAUGUCUCGUACCACUACAACCCUCAGGUUGCGCAGUACCACUAUGGGCCCCACCACCCCAUGAAACCCUUCAGGCUCAUGCUUACUGACCAUCUUGUCAUUUCAUACAAACUCUACGAGAAGAUGGAUCUUUUCACGCCGAGAAGAGCUACCAAGGACGAGCUUCUUGAGUUCCAUCUGGAAGACUACAUAGACUUCUUACAAACGAUAACUCCAGAGCUCACGAGCAAGUUGGCCGAGAAGAAGUUGGCCCAGUUCAAUAUUGGAGAUGACUGCCCUGUUUUCGACGGGAUGUAUGACUACUCCGCCAUGUACGCAGGUGCUUCGUUGGAUGCACUGAGAAAGUUAAUCAACGGUAUGAGCGACAUAGCCAUAAACUGGAGUGGUGGCUUGCACCAUGCGAAGAAGUUUGAACCGCUGGGGUUUUGCUACGUUAACGAUAUUGUGCUAAGCAUACUCAACUUACUUAGAGUGCACCCAAGGGUAAUGUAUAUAGAUAUUGAUUUGCAUCAUGGAGAUGGGGUUCAGGAGGCUUUUUAUACCACGGAUAGAGUAAUGACAGUUAGUUUCCAUAAGUAUAAUGGAGAAUUUUUCCCUGGAACGGGGUCCCUAGAUGAAACUGGGAUCGGCAGAGGAAAAAAUUACGCCAUAAACAUUCCCUUAAAGGAUGGGAUAGACGACGAUCUGUAUAUCAAGCUCUUUAAGCUGAUCAUGGAGCCUUUAAUAACAAAAUUUCAACCUACAUGCAUAGUACAGCAAUGUGGAGCAGACUCACUAGGAUACGAUAGAUUGGGGUGCUUCAACUUGAACAUACGAGCCCACGGAGAAUGUGUAAAGUUCAUCAAGCUGUUCGGCAUUCAAAUGCUUGUAUUGGGAGGAGGAGGUUAUACCCCCAGAAACGUGUCUAGAUUGUGGUGCUAUGAGACGUCCGUAUUGAAUGACGUUACGUUGGACCACAAGAUCCCCAACUAUCUACCCACGUAUGAUUGGUUUGGCCCCGACUAUUCGUUGCACCCACAGCUAGAAGGAAGGUUUGAUAACAAGAAUUCAAAGAAAUAUUUGGAAAGUGUCAAACAGGAAGUCAUGGAGCAAUUGAGAUAUUUGAACUAUGCACCUUCCGUAGCCAUGAAAGAAAUACCUCCAGAUUUGACUGGUUUAACUGAAGAGGAAGAUCAGAUACUCCAAGAAUUGAAUAUGGAGUCCGAAGAAGGAAGGAGCAUAGAGAAGAUCAAAGAUGAGGCAAGAGAGGGUGAGAUGGAGGAAUAA